GAUGAAAAAGAAAAUAAAGACAGAACACAAGAAAAGAGUAUAUGGAUAACGGGGAGACUUAAACUAAUAGGAGACUCUUAUACUAAACUAGUACCAGAUUAGCCCAUUAAUGUAUUGAGGGUUGCUAUUGUUAAACUAAGUACAUGUACAAGCAUGUGUGUUGUUAAUUUUCUUGUUUUGAGGAUUAAAAUAAAUCUUUUUGCUACAAAAAAGUUGACAAAUUGUAACACAAUGACUAAUAUACCCGUACACAUCUAUGUUCAUGUGUUUGUGUGUACAUACAUAUAAUAACUGCAUGUAAUAGUGAACUGAUUUAUAUCUUCCUAUUCAAGCAAUUAUUCCAAUGCAUUGCUCUCAAUAACAAUUGUUGGAGCUAAUCAUAAUUGGGGGUGGUACUGUAGAUGUACUUGCACGUGCUGAGUUAUCUCUACAAAGAAGAUAAGAUGGCGCUUAUAGUAUCUCCAGUUGAAGUGGCACAAACUGUCUCAGAGUUGCAUGUAUCAAUAAAGGAGAGCAUACUAACAACUAAUGUAUUGAUAGGCACCAUAGUAAUAACAAUACUAGUGGUAUUGGCACUGUACAAUGGAUUGAGGGAAAGAGGGAGAGAGAAUGGUGGGGAGGCAGUUGUAAUAAAUAUGGAGGAAGGUUUUGUUGGGCAACAAGAGAUACAUAAACAUGUAGAGGAGGCUACUGACCUUAAUGAAACAAAGGACAUGGAAGAACGUUCACCCUAUGAUAAUUAUACAGUGUCUCCAAUAGUAUGUACAGAAGCGCCCCGCACUUUUGAAUCACAGGCGUGGUUAUCCCUCCCUCCAGUAUAUAUACUCCUCGUGGCUGAUAUCAAAUGGCGGCAUAUUGUAUAAUGUCAUGUAAGUUAAGCCUAAUAAUACCAGUGUAUAAUAGUCUAAACUAUCAUUAUAAUAGCUCCAGGGGUACAUGUAUUAGCGACUACAGAGGAUAAUACACUGGCCCUUGGGAUAUCAGUAUACAAUGGAAUAAGGAACAAAGGGAGAGAGGACAAAAAA